UUAAUGGAGAACAGAACAGAAGUGACUGAGUUCAUCCUGCUGGGGCUGACCAAUGACCCAGACCUGCAGGUCCCCCUCUUCAUCACCUUCCUCAUCAUCUACAUCAUCACACUGGCUGGAAACAUGGGGAUGGUCCUCCUGAUCCUCUUGGAUUCUCAACUUCAUACCCCCAUGUACUUUUUUCUUGGUAAUCUGUCUCUAGUGGAUUUAUGUUAUUCCUCAGCUGUCACUCCCACAGUCAUGGCUGGUCUCCUUGUAGGAGACAAUGUCCUUUCCUCCAGUGCUUGUGCUGCCCAGAUGUUUUGCUUUGCUGCCUUUGCCAGUGCAGAAAAUUGCCUCUUGGCCUCGAUGGCCUAUGAUCGCUACGCAGCUGUGUGUAAACCCCUGCACUACUCUACCGUCAUGACAGCCAGUGUGUGUGGUUGGCUGAUCGUCGGGUGUUACGUCAUUGGCUUCCUGAAUGCCUCCAUCUACACUGGGGAUGCCUUCAGUCUGUCCUUCUGUCAGGACAACGUGGUCCAUCACUUUUUCUGUGACAUUCCAGCAGUCAUGGUUCUCUCUUGCUCAGACAGACGUGUGAAUGAGCUGCUUCUUGUUUGCGUGGUAAGCUUUAAUAUAUUUUUCGCACUCAUAGUUAUCUGGAUAUCCUACCUGUUCAUUUUUAUCACCAUCCUGAAGAUGCACUCUGCAGCAGGACACCGGAAGGCUGUGUCCACCUGUGCCUCCCACUUCACUGCAGUCUCUAUUUUCUACGGCACUGUUAUCUUCAUGUACUUACAGCCCAGCUCUAGUCACUCCAUGGACACUGACAAAAUCGCAUCUGUGUUUUACACGAUGGUCAUCCCCAUGCUGAACCCUCUGGUCUACAGCCUGAGGAACAAGGAGGUGAAGAGUGCAUUCUUCAAAGUCCAUAAUGCAUUUAUUUGGGGGAGGCAAAAUUAA